AUGGCAUCCAAAAGAAUCGUCGUAGCCGGCGGAAGCGGAUUUUUAGGCAAGUCCAACCAAGUAGACGAUAGCUCCUUCAUGACUGCUUAUACGAACGAACUGAGAAUACAGGGUCCAGAAUAUGUAAACAUGCCAGCAUUCAAGGUUGGAAGCCGCUCUGGAGAACCUCAUUGGGAUGCAGUGACCUCCUCAAAGGAAAGGCCUGGCUGGGCCAGCGAGGUCGAAUGGGCAAGGGCCGACAUCUUGAAGCCUGCCACAUACAAGCCCUUCUUGAAAGACGCAACGGCUGUCGUACAUACGAUGGGGAUCCUUUUGGAGGCGGAUUACAAGCGUGUGGUGCAAGGCAAAGAAUCGUUGUUCAGUGGUCUUCAAAGAGCUUUCAGUUCAUCGAAACGUGGGACUCAGGAUCCUCUGAAUAGAGAAACGGGCGAGGAGUUGCGGCCGCAAGAAAGUGACGGUCAAUUGACAUACGAGGUAAUGAAUAGAGAUACAGCUAUCGCCCUCGCACAGGAGUCCUCGUUUGAACAUGUUCCCACAUUCGUAUACAUUUCUGCUGCUGGCGGCGCGCCUAUUCUUCCAGGCAGAUAUAUAUCUACCAAGAGAGAAGCAGAAUCUAUCAUAUCCUCAUCGCUGCCCGACCUUCGAAGUAUCUUCAUCCGACCAGGAUUUCUAUAUGAUUCUAGCAGAAAGUUCACAUUACCCAUUGCUUUGGGUGGAAUGAUCGGUUCAGAAGUCGAUGCUCUGCUCGGAGGACGCCUCAAAUCUUUCACCGGAUCAAUGGCAGAAAAGCCACUCAAGGCAGAUGUUGUCGCGCAGGCAGUCGUGGAAGCCAUUGAUGAUGGGGCUACACGCGGCGUAGUCGGAACCAAGAAAAUCGAGAGUUUAGCGAACAAAGCAUGGCGUAAGAGUAUGCUCUAA